GGGCGGCGGGCGGCGGGCUGGGCCGGGCCGGGUCCAGUGGAGGCCGCGCACCAGGGCUGGCUGCGGUUGUGUGGCGUUGUGCGCUGAUGACAGGCCAGACACGCCUCCCUGACGUCCCCGAAGACACCUUCGCUCAGCCUCUCGCAGCUUCGCGCUUCUGGGAGAGUCCAGCCUCCUCUCGCGAGCCGCACCACCCAGAGCCGGCGGUGCGCCUAUGGCCUGUCUCUGACGGAAGCCGGGGCGGGCGGGCGGAGUCCGGAAGAAAAACAGUCCGCGACAGGGGGGCGCGUGAGACCGGCCGGCAGCGCGGCUGCUCUGGCCGCCAGACGUGAGCGUGCCUGGCCACCGCGCGGGACGACGGCGGCCAUGAGCUCUCGGAAGCCGGGCGGGCCGAAAGGCAGGAGGCUCGGCAUCCAUGUGGUGACUUGGAAUGUGGCCUCAGCAGCACCCCCUCUAGAUCUCAGUGACCUGCUUCAGCUGAACAACCAGAACGCGAAUCUUGACAUAUAUAUCAUUGGUUUGCAGGAAUUGAACUCUGGGAUCAUAAGCCUCCUUUCCGAUGCUGCCUUUAAUGACUCAUGGAGCAGUUUCCUCAUGGAUACGCUUUCCCCGCUGGGCUUCGUCAAGGUCUCCCACGUGCGUAUGCAGGGGAUCCUCUUACUGGUCUUUGCCAAGUAUCAGCAUUUGCCCUAUCUCCAGAUUCUCUCUACUAAAUCCACCCCCACCGGCCUGUUUGGGUACUGGGGGAACAAAGGAGGAGUCAACAUCUGCCUGAAGCUUUAUGGCUACUACGUCAGCAUCAUCAACUGCCACCUGCCUCCCCACAUUUCCAACAAUUACCAGCGGCUGGAGCACUUUGACCGGAUCUUGGAGAUGCAGAAUUUUCAGGGACAAGAUAUCCCCAACAUCCUGGACCAUGACCUCAUUAUCUGGUUUGGAGACAUGAACUUUCGCAUCGAGGACUUUGGGUUGCACUUUGUCCGGGAAUCCAUUAAAAAUCGGUGCUACAGUGACCUGUGGGAGAAGGAUCAGCUCAGCAUUGCCAAGAAACAUGACCCACUGCUCCGGGAGUUCCAGGAGGGCCGCCUGUUCUUCCCGCCCACCUACAAGUUUGAUAGGAACUCUAGCAACUACGACACCAGUGAGAAGAAACGCAAGCCCGCAUGGACAGACCGCAUCCUGUGGAGGCUGAAGCGGCAGCCCCAGGCUGGCCCCCACACCCCCGGACUGCCGGCCCCAGACUUCUCCCUGUCUCAGAGGAGCUAUGGCAGCUACAUGACGUACACCAUCAGUGACCAUAAGCCUGUCGCAGGCACUUUUGACUUGGAGCUGAAGCCGUUGCUGUCUGCUCCACUGAUCAUUCUGAUGCCAGAGGACCUGUGGACCCUGGAGAACGACCUGAUGGUCAGCUACUCCUCAACCUCAGACUUCCCCAGGAGCCCGUGGGACUGGAUCGGACUGUACAAGGUGGGGCUGCGUGACAUUCAUGACUACGUGUCCUACAUCUGGGUCGGGGACAACCAGGUCUCCUUCAGCGACAACCUGAACCAGGUUUACAUUGACAUCAGCAACAUCCCUGCAACAGAAGAAGAGUUUCUCCUCUGUUACUACAGCAACAACCUGCAUUCUGUGGCGGGGAUAAGCAGACCCUUCCAGAUUCCGCUUUUCUCCCUGAGGGAGGACCCACUGGGUGAAGCACAGCCACAGAUCUGAGCCAGGUGGGAGUGGAUCCCAGGCGGAGGCCAGAGCUGGCAGCUAGCUCUGCCUUGCCACUGCAGGAGGGCUGGGGGCCCAGCCUGGCCCCCGAAGAGACAGCCAAGUGUCACCCACCUCCUCCUCCCACAGUGAGCUCUGGGCAGGCUGCUUUGCUCUCUCCACUACUGAUCUCUAGAAUUAGCCACUUAAAUACAGGUUUUUAUUGCUGAGAUGUGAGUGAGACCAGCUAGUUGUCCACAGUGUAGACCUGGGGACAGUUCUGAUCUCAUUUCUGAUUCCUACCCCCUCUGCUAGUCUGGCCCAAGUAGUCCUGCCAGGCACAUGCCCCAUUUGGCACAGGUCUGCAUUCUUGUCGUGUCAUCCUGGGCCUCAGGCUGUCUGGGAGGGGGAUGCUCACAUUUGUACAGGCUGCAUAGACUGGCGACAGCAGUGCUGCAUUCCAUGAGUCCUCCUGUCCCCAGGAGGAGUGAACAGAGGGUCUGGGAUUCCUGCUUUCACCAAAAGCGGUAUGACUCAGUGGGCAGGAUGGAGGGGCCCCUGCAGCCAGGCUCCUGCGCCAUGGCUGUGAGCGGGCUGAUGAGGGCCCUUCAGCCAGCAGUGUUCCUCCCUACCCACCACAUGGAGGCUCACCCAGGGACUUCCAGAGCCUGAACAGAGAGAACUGGGAAGGAUCCAGGUUUGAUUCUGCAGGUAGCUCAAGUCCCGUGCCUCCAGCCUACCCUCUGAGGAAGGAAGGGGUGACGGGUGGUCAGGAGCUGUGGCCACAGACUUUUCCUGGGUGGUGCUUGUCAGGUCAAGUGCAUCUGCCUCACCCUUGUCAAGAGUCACUGAUGACAGUCCUCUGGACCCCCCAGGACCUCGAAGUGGGGGCAGGCAGAAGGGAGAGCCAGCUCAAGAUGUGUGGGAGGGUCUGGCCCCGGGGGUCUGCAGAGAGCAUUCUCGAGGGGCUUUGUUCCCACCUCCACCACUUGCCUCCUGACGUGGUCUUUCGGCAGCCCUCUUCCCAGAGAAGAUGCCUCUGGGAGCCUGUGAGUGCCCGUCCUGCCGUCCUGUGUCCCGAGGCUGAGGCCCACUGCACUUUCUGUGUGCUGCAAGCCGUGUGUAUCCAGAACCGUCCCCUGGCUUCCUGCAGGCCAUGGCUGGCUGUUUUGUGACUGUUACAUUGUGCAGGGGGAAUUAGAAGUGUGGCUUUUA